AUGGAAGAGAUGAUGAAGCUGAAUAACACACUGAAGAUGGAAACUGUAAACCAAGCUUGGAUCGGUCUACAGAGAGGAAAGGUUAAGAGAUGGCAGUGGUCUCUGGCAGACCAAACUUUCUACAGAGAUGGAGACACUUACAGAAGCUGGGAUAGUGGAGAGGAAAGCAACCCAAAUGAGUUCUGUGCUAACACAAAAAGGAGUGGUUUAUGGUAUAGCUGUACAUGUAUUGGGCAAUCGCAUUUUGUGUGUUACGGAGAAAGUAAUCGUUACAUACUGAUUAAUGAGAUGAAGACCUGGCGUGAUGCUCAGACCUACUGUAGAAAGAACUACAUCGACCUGGUCAGUGUGAGGAACCAAAGUGAGAAUAAGGAGAUCAGUAAUAUCGUUCCAAAUUUCUCUAAUAAUUGGAUUGGUCUGUUUAAAGACUCCUGGAAGUGGUCAGAUCAGAGUAAUUCCUCAUUCAGAUACUGGAGCACUAACAAACCCAGUGAAGGUUUGAACUGUACUGCAGUGAAAGUGUCUGAUCAACUCUACUGGAGUGACGUGGACUGUACAGAAAACCUUCCAUUCAUCUGCCAUGAAAACAAACUUGUAUUGAUCAAGCAGAAUCUGACCUGGAAAGAAGCUCUGAGAUACUGCAGGAACAAUCAUUAUGACCUGGUCUCAGUGCUCACUCAGGAGAUGCAGCUCUGGGUGAAGGAAGUGACUCGAAACGCCUCCACUGAACACGUGUGGCUCGGCCUGCGUUAUGACUGCAUCCAGAGUAUCUGGUUCUGGGUUUUUGGAUUAAUGAUCUGUUACCAGGACUGGGCCCCGGGGAACGGAGCAGGGUUUGAAGACUGCAGGGAUGAGGAGAGAACCGGAGCAGUGCAGUCUAGAGGAGAGCAGCAGUGGAUCAGCCUGCCUCAGAGCAACACACUCAACUUCAUCUGCUCUAACUAUGAAGGUUAG